GGAGGCGGGGCUGAGAGCGGCGAGCUUCACCCGUGGAGUCGUUCGCGCUGCUGCUGCUGGGGUUGGGGCAGGGCAGGUUGGUGGCGCAGGCCAUGUGGCCCACUCUGCGUUACGUGGGCGGUGCCUGCGGUCGGGCCCGACGCCACGUUGCUGGGGGCUUCCUCCGGGCAAGAGAGCGGGAGUCCGGGGGGCCCGGGCUGCUGUGCGGGGGUGACCGCAGCUCCAGCACCAGCUCAUUUGAUAUAGUCAUCAUCGGUGGCGGAAUUGUGGGGCUUGCAUCUGCCAGAACACUCAUUCUGAAACAUCCCGGACUUUCAAUUGGUGUUGUGGAAAAGGAGAAAGAUUUAGCUCUUCACCAGACUGGACGGAACAGUGGUGUCAUACAUAGUGGAAUUUACUAUAAACCUGAAUCUCUGAAAGCUAAAUUGUGUGUAGAAGGUGCAGCCCUCAUCUAUGAGUACUGUAACCUCAAGAGAAUUCCCUACAAGCAAUGUGGCAAGCUAAUAGUAGCUGUUGAACAAGAAGAAAUUCCCAGACUUCAGGCCCUGUAUGAGAGAGGUCUGCAGAAUGGAGUCCAAGGCUUGAGACUGAUCCAGCAGGAGGAGAUAAAAAAGAAGGAACCCUAUUGUAGGGGUCUAAUGGCUAUCGAUUGUCCAUAUACUGGCAUUGUGGACUAUCAACAGGUAGCUUUGUCAUUUGCCCAGGAUUUCCAAGAUGCAGGUGGUGCUAUCUUGAAGGAUUUUGAGGUAAAAGAUAUUGAAAUAGCUAAAGAAAGCCCUUCCAGAAGUAAGGAUGGGAUGAAACAUCCAAUUGCUGUCAAGAGUACUAAGGGAGAGGAAGUUCGGUGUCGCUAUGUUGUGACAUGUGCAGGACUUUACUCAGACCGUAUUUCAGAGUUGAGUGGCUGUAAUCCUGAUCCCCAAAUUGUCCCUUUCAGGGGAGAUUACCUGCUCUUAAAGCCAGAAAAAGGCUACCUUGUAAAAGGAAAUAUUUAUCCGGUCCCGGAUAGCCGCUUUCCUUUCCUAGGAGUUCACUUCACCCCGAAGCUGGAUGGUACCGUUUGGUUAGGGCCUAAUGCAGUGCUUGCCUUUAAGCGGGAAGGCUACAGACCCUUCGACUUCAAUGCCAGAGAUGUCAUGGAAAUAAUUCUCAAGAGUGGUUUCAUGAAACUGGUGCUUCACAAUUUCUCUUAUGGAGUGAAGGAAAUGUAUAAAGCCUGUUUUCUCAGUGAAUCAGUGAAGCACCUUCAGAAGUUCAUCCCUGAAAUCACCACCAGCGAUGUGCUAAGAGGCCCGGCUGGGGUACGAGCUCAGGCCUUGGACAGAGAUGGGAAUCUGGUAGACGAUUUUGUGUUUGAUGGUGGAGCUGGUGAUAUUGGAGACCGUGUCCUUCAUGUGAGAAAUGCACCUUCUCCUGCUGCCACUUCCUCCCUGGCGAUUUCUAGAAUGAUUGCAGAUGAAGUUCAGCAAAGAUUUAAGUUAUGAACGAUGAAGGGAGCUGUACUCGUGUCAUAUUCCCCACACAAGCAGCAAGGAUCGACUGGUUGUAUUUUUAAAUUAUAACUUAAGGAAAAUUAUUUUAAAACUAUACUUUUUAGGCUAUAAGAACCAUUGACUUAUUAGCAGGAUAUAACAGAUAUAAUUUUUAAAACUUUAGGUCCAUAUUCCUAUGAGCAAAGAAGAGAAAUGGGUCUGUACCAGUUCUGAAACCUUGAGUUUGUUAGAGAUUUACCCAACGCACUGUGAUUUAGGAAGCGCUCCUAUAGAACAUUUGGGAAGUCAGCAUAAAAGGAUUGUUCAGUGUUUGGCUUUAUAAUAUUUAAAUUUUUUUCUUUUCUGG